CAAUAUAUCCCAUUACUAUGUCAGCUUUAGUACGAUUUUUUAUAUUCUUCCUACGUGGUUUGAUAGGCGCCAUGUUAUUGUCGAUUGAUAUUUUUACACGUGGCAUUCAGUAGGUUUACCUGUAAUAAUCGGUUCUUUAGCAGCUUUGUCGAAACAGACUACGGUUGAUUCCAUUUUUAGUGCAACAUAGAGUUCCAUGGUUUUUAGUUGUGCUAUAUGUUUCUGCAAUAAAGCAAUAGCAAGAUGCAAGUUAAGGUUAUGUGAAUCAUUGCUUACCCCAUUCCUAGCACCAAGCUACAAUCAUGCUUGUAAUAGCUUAUGUGGCUUUUGCCAUUCUGGUUGCUCUUGGGAUGGCCCUCCAUUUGAAAUGCAGGAAAGAGGAAACCACCCUCGCCAACCCUACAUUCAUCACCUUCCAAGCCACAUACUUCAGGGUUUAUUUCCUUGCAUUAAUGGCUGAAUGGCUACAAGGGCCAUAUCUCUACAAACUAUACAGUCAUUAUGGGUUUAUUGAUACCCAGAUUGCCAUUAUUUAUGUCUGUGGAUUUGCUUCAAGUGUGAUAUUUGGAACAUCAAGUGGUUACCUUGCGAAUGCUUUUGGGCGAAAAAAGGCAUGUGUACUUUUUACAAUCCUGUAUUCAGUCUGCUGUUUGACCAAACUCUCCAGAAACUAUGGCAUUCUCAUAUUUGGCCGUGUCCUUGGUGGGAUUUCAACAUCACUGCUGUUCACUGCCUUUGAUGCCUGGUAUGUCUAUGAACACACCCAGUCCAAUGAUUUCCCAGUGGAGUGGGUGUCAGAAACCUUCUCCAAAGCGACCUUGUUCAACAGUCUCAUCUCAGUUGUUGCUGGCUUCCUGGCAAAUUGUGCUGCCGAGUGGUUGAACUUUGGACCAGUGGCACCCUAUGUCAUGGCCAUCCCAUUUCUGGUAUUAGCGGGUGUCUUGAUAAUCUUCACAUGGGAGGAAAACUAUGGUGGGCGAUCAUCCAAGCUGGUUGGACCAUGUAUGGACUGCUUAAGGCAUAUUAUACAAAAUCGCAGAAUCAUGCUGAUUGGAAUUAUCAAUUCAUUGUUUGAAAGCGCAAUGUACAUUUUUGUGUUUCUAUGGACUCCUGUGCUAGAUCGACAUCAGCAGUAUCCCCCCCUUGGGAUUGUAUUUGCCUGCUUCAUGUUAUGUGUGUUACUAGGUGGUAUCUUUUUUAAUUUCACUCUAACCCAAAGAAUCUCUCCUCUUAAGACAGUAGUUGCCACCAUAACAAUGGCCUCCCUAGCAAAUAUUGGUGCAGCUGUGGCAAGUGCAAACCAUCCAAAGACUUCAUUCAUGAUGUUUAUUGUUCUUGAGUUAACUUGUGGCGUAUACUUUCCUGCGAUGGGGUGGUUACGGCAAAGGAUUCUUCCAGAGGCACAUCACACAGGCAUCAUCAACUGGUUCAGGAUCCCGUUGAAUACAAUAGCAGCGAUUGUGUUGAUGGCACUGCAUGACACGCACAGUAGUCAUGGCAUAAGUGCAAUAUUUGCCAUGUGCUCUGUGUUGUUGGUGUUUGGGGGAGUGUUAGCGGUUAACCUUCUUGUUCUCACUCGGAAUGAUGAAACUCUGAGUUUAAAUGGUGCUUUUGAUGAGGAAGAGAAUGUUGGGGUUUGAUAUCCAAAAACCAGUUUCUGCUACUGCGGGAAUAGGCGACUUGCCUAUGAUUUGUUGUUACUUUUUUACUGGUAAACUCACGCCACAAGAAACACAGAAAUGGAUUCAACAGUAGCCAAAGACUGACAAAAAAAAUCUUUCAAUGAAAAUAAGCCCUUUCUGACAUAUAGAGUACUUUUGGCUGAUCUCCCUAAAUAAGUUGCUUUUUGUUGUUAGUUUACCGCCAAAAGCUUGAGUGCGAGGUAUUUUUCCACCCAAAAGGUCGAGUGGUUUCUUAGUGCAAGUCACCUGUUGUAAAACAUACCUCGCAUGGAUCCUGGAUAAAGAAAAAAUUGAAAAAGAAAUAAAACUACUUGUAAAAAGUAAUAACAUCAGGGAAAUAAAUACUCUGUGAGACCUGAUUCUAGUUUUCACUUUCCAAUGCAGUGUAAGUAAGUUAAGAUUACAUUUAUGAUAAUUAUACUUGUAAGUCAUUUCAGAGUGUAAAGAGAUUACAUAUUUCACGACUAAUAAAGGAGAUAACGCUAUUAA